AAAGUUUCAAUUACUCGCGAAUACUUCAACUUUCAAAGUAAUAAAAUAACACCCUGGAAGGAGCGUUAAAACAAACAAAACAGUACAAAGACGAAAAUAUUUGAAAAGAAGAUUGACGAAUUUAGUAAAGAAACAAUCGUUGAAGUAUAUGUAAAAAAAUGUUAAAUCAGGAGAGAUGUUCAAUCACAAAACUUUUGGUUGUCAUUUUUGUGCUGUUACAGUUAUUUGUAGUGUUGUAUUACGCAGGCAUUUACGGGAAAAUCAACGCUAAUUUCCCAAGAUUUAAGAUCUCUAUGUUAGUGUCGCGUUAUAAACCGAUACAAAAUAAAUCAAGUUUGCAUGACCAUGUGCUUAAAGAACUUAUGAAAAAUCCAAUUUAUUCUAAAUUUGGGAUUAAACAUGCGAAAUCGAGAAAAAGAGUUACUUUGUUGAUUAUCGUAUCAACCGGACCUCGACGCCAUGACCGGAGACAAGGAAUACGACAAACAUGGUGGCAGGAGUGCAAACCGACGAAAAUGGUUAUCCCAGAAUGCAUUUUCAUGACCGAUCAUCAAAAUCCAGAAGAUAAGUUUUACAACAUCACGAAGUACGAAGCCAGUACAUACAAAGACAUGCAUUUUCAAAAUCUAACAGGAGGAAUCCAAUUUGGGAAACGAUUUCUAUACCAUAUGAUCUAUGCCCUUACUUACUAUGAAUUUGAUUAUUUUCUUAGAGCAGACGAUGACUAUUUUUUUUGUUUGAAUAACUUUCUACAAGAGCUUCCUGUGCCCAUGGUGCAUAAUUUUCAUUGGGGUUGGGUGCACUGUAAUAUCGAUAUCACCCGACCCGAAGAAAGCAUGAUUUUAUUAUCACAAGAUCUUAUUUUGAGAUUCUUACAGCAAGACUAUAGGAGUAUGAUGUGCCAUCCGUGGGCAGACCAAAUGAUAGGUGUAUGGUCGACUUACAUGAAUAUGACGUAUUUGUUCCGACAUGACGAACGGCUACAUCACACGCCGAUUGUAAAGGACGAGCCACAAUUACGGCAGACCGAAAAUAUAUGUCAUCAUUAUAUGGGUAUACAUGGUGCUUACCCAAAGGAUGUAAGGAUACUUUGGAAACAUAGAGGCCCUACUAGAUCGGUUACCGGUAAUUUAAUCGCUAAUUCAAAUAUAUGUGUAAUCCAACGAACUUUUCAGUGGAGUUACUUUACUGAGGUGUGGAAGUAUGAGCCUCGUUUGUGCGUAGAUGAUCCUGUUUGGGAUACAUCGAAACAGUUUGUUUUGCACGGCUCUUACUCCGGUCGACAAGACGUGGAUAAACAAAAGUAGCUGUAGUGAUGCCAUUUUGUUUUUAGUGCAUUGUUUCACAUUUAGUUUCUAAUAGCUUAUCAAAUUCAUGUUUUUAUAGCAAGAUUUUUUUAGAAAGUAUGUAAAUAUCAUAGGAUGCUAAAGAACUUAAAAUAGAAAAAAUAUUCAUCGAUGCAAAGCAAUUUAUUUUUUUAUUAUUAUUACUAGUCGUUAACCCGUGCGAAAAUGCACGGGGUGACCCGUCUUUUAUAUAUCGCAUUUCGUGUUUCUGUAACAGAAAGACAAACAGACGCAUAAACAGACAGACGGAAUACGGCUAUUAUUAAAGAGAUUAUUAUUAUUUUCUUCGUGUCCGGACUUAAACGAACAAAGGAAGAGAAAAUUAUUGCAGAACAUUUUUUUUUGAAUUUUGAUUUUGUUUAGUUCUAAAUCUUCCAAUCGCAAAAACAAAUUUAAAUUCCGCAUAUAGGUCCCUCGAGUAAACGCCCCUUCUUGUGUAAGCUUGUCAUUAAUUUCAUUGCUAUCAUUUUGCAUGUACAAGCUAUCUCGUGUAAAAGCAAUCUAAAACAUUUCAGAGACUUGUGAAAUCAUAAUUUGGAGCCAAUAACGUUUCAGAGGCGUAAGGGGCUGUUUACAUGAAAGGCGGGACAGGACGAUUGCCGGGAUCCCGCUCUCAUUAAUAAUUAUACUAAAAAUUACUUUGUAUUUUUAUGGAAAAUUUUUGGCCCAGGACAAUUUCGUCCCGUCCCAGCAAAGCGGGAUCCCAGCUCAGGCAGGACGUUUUUUUCCAUACAAACACACUUAGUUGG